GUAGUUAGUAAAGAACAAGCAAGCUGCUCUAAACUUAGAUUAACCUGAAGCUAGCAAUGAAGUAUCCUCCAGUUCCUUUGGUGACUGAGCUGACUUUGCCUGUUUUCUUUUGCCUUUCUUUGCCAUAUGUACUAACACUGAUCAUAGCAGUGAUCUGGCUACGGCUCUUACUUAAUGAAGAAGAGAUGCCUCCUGCAGAAGAAACUAAGAAACAAUCUCUGAUUGCUGAUGUGUCUCAUUCUGAAUCUAAACUUGAAGAUGAACCAACAGAUGAUGAAAGCCAGGAUGACACAGCAAGUCCAGAAUUUAAAGAGGACAAGCAAUCUAGUGGCCCUGUGGGACAACCAAGGCCCAAACCUGCUUAUCUGAGUUCAAAGCCAAAAGCAAACUGCCAUCUCAGAGGGCUGGUCCCAGAACCAAAGAUAAAACCCUCCCAUGUGGGAAGGAGCGUUCUCUGUAACAUCACAAUGCUGCUGUGCUCCAUGCUUUGUUCUCUCACCUGGACUUUUCUCAGCCAUUUGCUCCAGAUCUGUAAUGUCCUGAGGAUUCAGCUUCUGCCAUCCUCUCUGGCUGUCGAUGCGGCUCGGCUUUGUGAUUUGCUGCGUGGAAAUGUUGUGAAAAUCCUGGGCUCCCCAAGGCUACAAAGCAGAGGGCUGUUAACUUCAAUCUUGGGGAUGAGAUACAAGAAAACAGAACAGAGUGCAGCUCAGAGGACUGCCUCGAGGUAGAAAUGAAGCCGGUAGUUCUAUGACUGUUAGCAGCAAUCCUGUUCAGCAUCGGUGAAAGCUACUCCAGCAUGGCAGGGAGAGGUUAAUUCCCUGAAAAAGAAAUGCAGUCUGGACUAAGCUGAUGCACUCAGGUCACAACAGCUAAUUUCCAAGUAACCAGUAUUGACUGGUUCUGUGUUAUUAAAUGGACCACAGCAAGUAGUAUCUCACGUAGAGCUUGGAAAUGUGCUCUGCUACUCUCCUUCUGCAAAGUACAAAUCACUUUCAGAGUGGCUAAACACCCUUAGCAUGUAUGGAGCUGUGCAAAUACACCCUUUUCAGCACAUGAGGUUGGAUUCCACUGCCAGAGACGGUCACUGCCAGCUCCCUGGGGCCACGAGGGGGCUAUGCUGUAGUUCUGUCCCCUAGAGGUUCUUGAGGGGCCGUUUGCCCGUUGCUUUGAUGCACGCGUUGCACAAUUCGUUUUAAAAGACAAGUUGAAAAUAUGGAGUCACAGCCCGGGAAGUGCACUGCCGUUUGUCCCUAUUCCUGAGGUGAAGGCAACUCUCCACAGCCCUGCAUGGGGAGACUGUGUAACGGUUCUGCUGCCUGUAAUUACGAAGCACGCCUUGUUUGCGUUUGCCUUUCCCACAGAUGUCCACGCGUCCAAAUAUUUAUGCAGGGCAGCAUG